AUGACAAGCCCCAAGCCGCGCGUGCUGCUGUGCGCCAGUGGCAGCGUGGCGACUGUGAAGGUGCCGGAGAUUGCUGUACGUCUGGCAGAGACUUGUGAGGUGUGUCUGGUGCUUACCCAGUCGGCCGAGUUCUUCCUGCAACGUGCCAAUGACUACAACGUGACGGCUUGGAACGAGUUCAUUGCUGAAACAGACUUGACAGGUAGUAAUGAUGGUCUCAUUGAAAUCGUUCGCGAUGCGGACGAGUGGCGAACGUGGCAGGUUGUGGGGGACAGUGUACGCCACAUUGAGUUGAAAGACUGGGCCGACGUGAUGUUGCUGGCGCCGUUGUCAGCGAAUACACUCGGAAAGCUUGCAAAUGGCUUGGCGGACAAUCUCUUAACGUGCGUCGCGCGUGCUUGGAACAUGACCAAACCCUUUGUAUACGCACCUGCGAUGAAUGCGGACAUGUGGAAUCAUCCCAUCACAGCAAAACAGCUUCGAGUGCUGGAUGAGUUUGGCUACAAGAUGGUGCCGCCUGUGGAAAAGAAAUUGGCCUGCGGCGUAAUUGGAAAUGGUGGUCUUGCAACAGUCGACAGCAUCGUCGCCUGUGUGCUUGAACAGAUCAGCCACACGUCUCUUGUCACCUCGUAA